CUCAUUUCAGCACAGUUUCGAAAAAUGUUUGCCAAAUUUUGGCUAAAAUAGAACCGGCGAGGACCGAGAGCCUACUUAGCUUGCACUCUAUCCAAAGCAGCCUUCACUGGCUAUACAAUCAGCUCCUCGAUCCUUCUCGCUAGAGGCCAGUCUCUCCCUUGCACCAUUCCUGCCGGCCCCAAGGAUCUUGGCAGGGCCAUGGCGCCCGCGGAGGAGCCCACCGCCGCCACGCUAGCGCCGCCGCCGCCUCACUUCGUUAUCGUCCCCCUCGUGGCGCAGGGCCACACCAUCCCCAUGGUCGACCUCGCCCGCCUCCUCGCCGAGCGCGGCGCGCGCGCGAGCCUAGUCACGACGCCGGUGAACAGCGCCCGGCUGCGCGGCGUCGCAGACCAGGCCGCGCGCGCCAAGCUCGCGCUCGAGGUCAUCGAGCUCCCGUUCCCGGCGGGCGUCGACGGCCUGCCGCCGGGCAUCGAGAACGUCGACCAGGUCACGGACAACAACCACUUCAUCCCCCUGUUCGACGCCCUGCAGAGGCUCGCCGGGCCGCUCGAGGCCUACCUGCGGGGACUGGCGGCGCGCCCAAGCUGCAUCGUCGCCGACUGGUGCAACGGGUGGACGGCCGGCGUGGCCAGAAGCCUCGGCAUCCCUCGGCUCUUCUUCCACGGGCCGUCCUGCUUUUACUCGCUCUGCGACCUCAACUCCGUUGAUCACGGGCUGCACGAGCAGACCGCGGCGGCGGGCGACCAGGAGAAGUUCGUCGUGCCGGGGAUGCCGGUGCACGUUGAGGUGACCAAGGCCACGGCGCCGGGCUUCUUGAACUCGCCCGGGUGGGAGGCACUCUGGGUCGAGUGCGUCGAGGCCAUGCGCACGGCCGACGGCGCGGUGGUGAACACGUUCCUGGACCUCGAGGACCAGUUCGUGGCGUGCUACGAGGCGGCGCUCGGCAAGCCCGUGUGGACGCUCGGGCCGUUCUGCCUCGCCAACAAGGACGCCGAGGCGAUGGCGUCGCGCGGGAACAAGACCGACGCCGUCCAGCAGAGCGCGGUCACCGCGUGGCUCGACACCAAGGACACGGACUCCGUCGUCUACGUCAGCUUCGGCAGCCUCGUGAGAAAGCUCCCCAAGCUGCUGUUCGAGGUCGGCCACGGCCUCGAGGACUCCGGCAAGCCGUUCCUCUGGGUGGUGAAGGAGCCCGAGGUGGCCGCGCCGGAGGUGCGGGAGUGGCUGGAGGCCCUCGAGGCGCGCACGGCGGGGCGCGGCCUCGUGGUGCGCGGGUGGGUGCCGCAGCUCGCCAUGCUGUCGCACCGCGCCGUCGGCGGGUUCGUCACCCACUGCGGCUGGAACUCGCUGCUGGAGUCCAUCGCGCACGGCGUGCCGGUGGUGACGUGGCCGCACUUCGCCGACCAGUUCCUGAACGAGCGGCUGGUCGUGGACGUGCUCGGCGUGGGCGUGCCGAUCGGCGCGACGGCGCCGGUGAUGAUUUUCGACGACGAGAACAUGCCGGUGGGUCGCGAGGACGUCGUGCGGGCAGUGUCGGCACUGAUGGGCGGAGGGGCGGAGGCCGACGAGAGGAGGAGGAAGGCCAAGGAGUACGGGGAGAAAGCUCACAGGGCCAUGGAGAAAGGAGGGUCCUCGUACGAGAACCUGACGCAGCUCAUCGAAAGCUUCAGGCAACGUGGUGGCAAGGAAGGCUAAGCUGGAAACUGUGCAUGGGGUGCGUUGAAAGAACAAAAGAAGCUUGCAAUCUUCUGUGCUAUCAACGUUCUGCCCUUUAACUCUGUGUGAUUUGUGUGUCCAUUGUUCUCAUUUUUCUCUCAACCGUUUUCCUGCUUCAACUGUAGUAGUAUCUAAUGGUGUUGCUGUGUAGUAACUACUGUAGUAUUGUACAGUGUGCACCAUGUUCAUUUCCUGUGGAGUUAUUGUUUCAUAAAAGAACAGUGAAUCUGUUCAUUUCAAUGGAGACCAAUAUUUGCACUGGCA